AUGGCCGCCGCGAUCAAAGCCCUCAAUGCGAAGAUUCGCUCCAACCCGUACACGGAUUACUUUUGCUCGACUCAUUUCUGGGGCCCGGCGAGUAACUUUGGUAUCCCGAUUGCGGCUAUUGCGGACAUGAGCAAAGAUCCUGAGAUCAUCUCCGGCCGUAUGACCGGCGCCCUUACCCUGUACUCCGGCACAUUCAUGCGCUACGCCAUGGCCGUAACACCAGCAAACUACCUGCUCUUCGGCUGCCACGCCAUCAACUUCAGCUCGCAACUCGUUCAAGGGUACCGAUACCUCAACUACUGGAACUUCGGCGGCCGGGAAGCUAGCCUGGCGGGCAAGGCGGAUAAGGCCAAGGAUGAGGCAAUGGGUAUGGUGGGAAAGGCGGAGCAGAAGCUCGAGAAGGUCGCCGAGAAUGUCAAGGGCGUCAUUCCGAAAUAA